AGCCCACACCAGAGCGCCAAUUUCAAUCGAGAUAAGGUUUCUUCUCUCCCAAUCCUUUCCUUCCCUGCUCUCUCUCUCUGACCCCAUUAUAUGGUUCAUACACAGACAUAUCUCUAGGGAGAGAAAGUGUAGUAGAGAGAGAGAGUUCACGUAACAGUGUCUUUCACAAGCCCUAGUUACGCCAUGGCUGCUCUUCAAGCUUCUCUUAUUUGUAAUCCCUGUUUCUCUCACAUCACUUCCUCGAAGCGCCUCCAACUUUCUCUCUCUAUCAGCCCGAGCUCUAGGUGUCUUUAUUCUCCCUUUUCUCUCACUACAUUCAAUUCAACGGAUCGAAAGUCUCGAUUUUGCCGCCACAGUCUUGGUCUUUAUUGUACAUUGCAUCAGGAUAACGUGAAUUUGAGUUCGGAGGCAAAAAUUUCCAGUAAUAAUUCGGUUUCAGACUUUGAAGAACCUAAAGUUAAUGAAUUUCGAGAUGAAUUUCCCGGUCAGAGCUCCGAAAUUGAUGCGGAGGUAUCAGUAUCAACGGUUGAGGGAUUAGGGAGUGUUGGUUCUGAAGUUGAAAGCGAAACGAAAUUGGAGGAUGAGAAAGGAGAUUUUAAGAGUAGGCUACCGGUGGUUGUUUUCUUAAUGGGAGUGUGGGCGAUGGCGAGGAAAGGAUUUGAGAAGUUUUUGCUGUCGGAUUGGUUUAGUUGGUGGCCGUUUUGGCGGCAAGAGAAGCGUUUGGAGCGACUGAUUGCAGAGGCCGAUGCAAAUCCCAACGAUGCGGCCAAGCAGAGUGCAUUGUUGGCGGAACUUAAUAAGCAUAGUCCUGAAUCUGUCAUCAGGCGUUUUGAGCAAAGGGAUCAUGUAGUCGACAGUGGAGGAGUCACAGAAUAUAUUCGAGCUCUUGUGGCUACUAAUGUCAUUGCCGAAUAUCUUCCGGAUGAGCAAUCUGGAAAGCCUUCUAGUCUUCCUGCAUUGUUGCAAGAAUUGAAGCAGCGUGCAUCGGGAAACAUGGAUGAGCCCUAUUUGAGCCCUGGCAUAUCUGAGAAGCAGCCAUUGCAUGUGGUGAUGGUUGACCCUAAGGUGUCAAACAGAUCAUCGCGUUUUGCACAAGAGCUUUUGUCAACUAUCUUGUUCACUGUUGCUGUUGGUUUGGUGUGGGUAAUGGGUGCCGCUGCACUUCAAAAGUAUAUUGGUAGCUUAGGUGGGAUUGGGACUCCAGGUGUUGGCUCAAGUUCUUCCUAUACUCCAAAGGAGUUGAACAAGGAAGUGAUGCCCGAGAAGAAUGUGAAAACAUUUAAGGAUGUCAAAGGUUGUGAUGAUGCUAAACAAGAGCUAGAGGAGGUGGUGGAGUAUCUCAAAAAUCCAACAAAGUUUACUCGACUUGGGGGAAAGUUGCCCAAGGGAAUUCUUUUGACUGGAGCACCUGGAACCGGAAAAACUCUGCUUGCUAAGGCGAUUGCUGGCGAAGCUGGGGUACCUUUCUUCUAUAGGGCUGGUUCUGAAUUUGAGGAAAUGUUUGUUGGGGUUGGUGCUCGACGUGUAAGAUCCUUAUUUCAAGCAGCUAAAAAGAAGGCUCCUUGCAUAAUUUUCAUCGAUGAAAUUGAUGCCGUUGGAUCCACGAGGAAGCAAUGGGAAGGGCAUACAAAGAAAACGUUGCAUCAAUUACUUGUUGAAAUGGAUGGGUUUGAACAGAAUGAGGGCAUAAUUUUAAUGGCUGCAACAAACUUACCUGAUAUACUUGAUCCAGCUUUAACAAGGCCUGGUAGAUUUGACAGACAUAUUGUUGUUCCUAAUCCAGAUGUGCGGGGUCGUCAGGAGAUAUUGGAGCUCUAUUUACAGGAUAAACCAUUGGCGGAUGAUAUAGAUGUGAAAGCAAUUGCUCGUGGUACACCAGGAUUCAAUGGGGCUGAUUUGGCGAACUUGGUAAACAUUGCCGCCAUUAAGGCUGCUGUUGAAGGUGCUGAGAAGUUAACUGCGACACAACUGGAGUUUGCAAAAGACAGGAUAAUCAUGGGUACUGAGCGGAAAACAAUGUUCGUAUCAGAAGAGUCAAAGAAGCUCACUGCAUAUCAUGAGAGUGGCCAUGCAAUUGUUGCCUUCAACACUGAUGGUGCUCACCCAAUUCACAAGGCAACAAUUCUGCCACGUGGAUCUGCUUUGGGAAUGGUUACGCAGCUCCCUUCAAGUGAUGAGACAUCAAUUAGCAAGAAGCAGUUGUUAGCACGUCUUGAUGUUUGUAUGGGAGGAAGAGUUGCAGAAGAGCUCAUCUUUGGUGAGGACCAUGUCACUACUGGAGCAAGUAGUGAUCUUCACACAGCUACAGAACUUGCCCAAUAUAUGGUAUCGACUUGUGGAAUGAGUGACACAAUUGGACCAGUUCAUAUCAAAGAGCGGCCUGGUUCCGAGAUGCAAUCACGCAUUGAUGCUGAAGUGGUUAAACUCCUAAGAGAAGCAUAUGAUCGUGUAAGAACCCUGUUAAAAAAGCAUGAGAAGGCAUUACAUGCGCUGGCCAAUGCACUUCUAGAGUAUGAAACGCUUGGUGCGGAAGAAAUAAAACGUAUUCUUCUUCCCCGUGAGGAAGGACGGUUGCCCGAGCAACAACAAGAAGAGGAAGGGGAGCUUGUAUUGGCUUAGGUCAGUUAGGAUGUGUAACUUUAUUAACUGUAGUGGAGCUCUGUACAGUGUAUACGAAGCUCCACGGAAUUAUUUAAUAUAAAAUUCAUAAUUUUCUCCUCGCAUAUUCUCUAUUUUUGGACACAAUAGAAUCUGUUGUACCUUGUACCUAUUAGCAAUUUGUUUAUUCACUCCUAAUAAAACUGAGAGAAUACAAUAAUCUUAAA